CGCACGAGCCUCCCUGUGUCUGUGAGUGUGUGUGAGGCUGUGUGUGCUUGUAAGGAUGGGACGUGGGGGGGAAGCCACCCAGAACAGGAGCAGGCUGAUGGGAGGGUCAUGUCCGCACCCCAGGUCAAGGGUGACUGGGAGGGACAGGGUGAGUUGUGUAGAGCUACAGGACACAGGGACACAUUCUGGUGACUGUCCCCGAGCCCUGCCGGCAGCUGGGGUCCAGGUGCCCUAGUGGUCGGCACACACCAGGGUCUGGGCUGAGCAGAAGGCCAUGACCUCAAGGAGACUCCACUCUGCCCUCUCCUGUGUUCCGUGCCAGGCGCACCCCUUCCUCAUCCUCCACGGCCACGUGUGCCCACGAGCCUCAUGGGAUAGCAGGCACAGGACGUGUCUACAGGUGGCUCCCUGAUGGCGCCCCUACAAGUAGAUGCCACAAGGACCCCACUGUGCAGAUGGGGAGACGGGGGGGCCCCAGGAGGCACGGGGUCUGUGCAGGGUCCCAGCACUGGUCAGGAGGAAAGCCCAGGUCUGAACCCAGCUCUGUGGCCCCAAAGCCGUGGCACCGGCCGCCCCAGGCCUCGCGGGGACGUGCCUGGGCUGUGUUGGUGUCACUGUAGGGACAGGGCAUGGGGUGGAGGGGAGCCCUUUGCAGCCUGGGAGGGGCUCUUGUAGGAGCAGGAAGCCGGGUAAGGGGACCCCAGGAAGUGACCUCACCUCCCUGGUCACAGAGCCCAAUUGAACUCAGAACCCGGGUCACCAGGCACCCACGUUCUGGAGACAGCGCCCGACUGGGCUCAUUCGUUGGGACACCUUCACCUGACGAACAUGUUCUCCUGUUGUGUGCCCGUGUCCCGCGGCUGCCGGCUCAGGGGAGCCAGUGGCAGCGACGCUUCCCGACGCUGGAGACAGUGGGUCAGGUCGUCCACAGGACGCCUCAGGUCUCUAGCUCGCAGGGACCCAAAGAAAUCGACCGAUGAAAUCGGGAAACGUCUGGCCGAAUCCCGAUACACCUGCCCUACAGAGUUGAGCGUGUGCCCCGUCUCCCAGGAGGGCCACCCUGGACCCAGGGAGAGAGUGGCCGCACGGAGGUCUUGGGAAGCAGAGCCUGGAGGUGGCCUGGGAAGGCCUCCUUCACCGCCCCGGCCCGCCCACAGGGUCCUGGUUCACGGGUCGUGGGAUCAGGACCCAGAGACCCCGGAGCCAGAGCCCGAGGAGUCCGGGGCAGGAGCAGAAGCCGGUGCGACUCCAGAGCUCGACCCAAGGGCAUCCGGGUCCUCGGCGUCUCUGCGGGCAGGGGUGGAGUCUGGAGCGACUCCUGCAGGGGCUGGAGAGCCAGCAGGUGACCUGGGACCUGUGCUGGGACAGCGGGCCCCUGAACAGAGUCAGCUGGUUCCUGCUUCUGCUCCCGACACCGUUCCGGCCACCGCCCUUGUUCCCCUAUGGAUUCCGGCCACAAAUCAAGGGCUCAAAGGCCUUCGAGGGGUGUUUAUUGUAUUUCUAAUUGUUGCUCCAGACCCAGUCCCCGACCCCUCCACCAGAAUGACUCUUCCUCUUCUCCCUUAUCCUUUCUCUCCUCUACUUUUCAGGUGGUACAUUAUUUGUUCAUGGUAUGUUUAAAAUCCACAUUAAUCUGCAAUAAAAAUUUAUUUACUUUA